UGUUAUCAAUUCCAGGUAGUUCUAGAUUUUGACAUUGUUGACAUUAGACUUGUGUUUAGUUUAUUUAUUCAAGCUGAUUACAUUUGACAAAUAUUUAACAAAGGACUAAAUAAAAUAUAGAUCUGCUCAGUUAACUAAAUAAAAAGGAAUGUUUUCAUCAGAAUAUUUUGAGCGAAUGAGUGUUAGUCCUGGAUCUGUAACUGCGACUUUACUGGUUGGGUUUGUUGUUUACAUUUUAAUAGUUGUACUGCGAGAAAUUCUUAGACAAAUCAAUUUACGGAAAACAUUUAGUGGCUUACCAGAACCAGGAAAAAGGCACUGGUUGUAUGGUCAUCUUCAUUUGCUUCCAGAACCUGGAGAGAAAUUGAUAAGAUGGGCACAAGAAACAACUGGGAGGUUACCACGUAUAUACUGUUUUUGGACAGGGCCAUUGAGACCGAGUGUCAUGUUGAACCACCCAGAAACUGUUAGUGUUCUUUUAAAGACUGCAGAACCUAAACCAGUUCAGUGGGGCGGAGCUUACAGACAUGCGUUACCAUGGCUUGGAGAAGGAUUGUUAUUAGCUGGAGGUGCCAAAUGGGCUAGAUCUAGACGAUUACUAACACCAGCCUUUCGUCCAUACCAAACUAUUUAUAACGAGGCUGCUGACUUGUUGUUGGAAAAUAUUGAUAAAUAUGCUGAUUCGGUUGAAAGUUUUGAAGUAUUCCAGUUGAUCAGUGCUUACACCUUAGAUGUGAUGCUCAGAUGCGCUUUCUCAUAUGAGACAGACUGUCAGAAAAAUAUAAGUGGAGAAUCUCAUCCAUAUUGUAAUGCUGUUGGUAUUAUUGCCAAGUGUUGGGCAGCAAGAAGCAGAUCACCGUGGUUGUUUCCAGAUACAAUAUUUUACUUGACUUCCAUUGGUAGAGAGUUUUCAAGGAAUUGUGAUUAUGUACAUAAAGUGGCAGAUGACAUUAUCAAAGCAAGAAGAAAAGUAUUGGAAACAGAGGAUAUCAGUAAGAAGAAAUGUUUAGAUUUCCUUGAUAUUUUAUUGACUGCCAAAGACGAUGACGGCAAAGGACUAACAGAACAAGAAAUUAGAAAUGAAGUCGACACAUUUCUAUUUGAAGGUCAUGAUACAACUGCAAGUGCAUUAUCCUGGACUUUAUACUCAUUGUCAAAGGAAAAGGAAUAUCAAAACAAAUGUCAAGAAGAAGUAGAUUCUGUACUCAGUAGCAAUAACUUUGUCAAUUGGGAAGAUUUGUCCAAGUUAGAGUACCUUACUAUGUGUAUCAAGGAAGGGAUGAGGCUUCACAGUCCUGUACCAUUCAUACAAAGACGUAGUACCAAAGAAGUAGAAAUUGAUGGUUUCCGAUUUCCACCGGGAACAAACUUCUCAAUAAGUCUAAGCUCUGUACAUAUUAAUCCAACAGUCUGGAAAGUGCCAGACAAGUAUGAUCCGGAAAGAUUUUCUAAGGAAAAUAUUAUGAACAAUAAAGGAUAUACUUAUUCAUUUGUGCCUUUUUCCGCUGGUCCAAGGAACUGUAUAGGACAGAACUUUGCUAUGAAUGAAGAGAAGACAGUUCUAACAAGAAUAUUAAAGCGGUAUGAAUUGACAGUUGAUCCAAAUCAUACAGUAGAAAGAAUAGGAGCUGCGGUCAGAAGAGCUAAAAAUGGGAUAAAAAUGUUUGCCAAAAGACGGUGAUUACAUCUGAUGAAUUCAACCCAAAGACACAGAAAUACUGUAUAACCAAUUAAAAUUACAACAUUUGAAAUGGAAACAAAAUAUGAAGUCAUCAUUAUAAGAUCCAUUGACUUAAUUUGUGAUAAUUAAAUUAUGAUUAUAAAAAGAUAUCACGUCAACUAUUUUAGAUAUCUUGAAACAACUUUCGACACAAUCAAUUUAACUCAUUGGAUAUUUCCCCCUCUUUUUUAAACCACCGUUGUUUCAUUUGCAGUGUGUGCAUUUUACCGACAUUUUAUUUUGAAUAAACAAGUACAAAAAGGAAGCAAAAUU